AUGGCCACGGAACAACCUGGAGGAUCAUAUACAUGGCGCCAAGGGCUAUUACUAUACAAAGAAAGGGUCAUUGUUCCGAACGUUGCCGCCUUACGGGCCAAACUGUUACACGAAAUGCAUGACACCAAGGUGGGGGGUCAUUCGGGCGUCCUACGUACGUUCAAGAAGUUGGGGCAACAGUUCUAUUGGCCUGGAAUGCAUAGAUCAGUGCAAGACUACGUCAAGGGAUGGAUGACCCCUUUUCAGGCACUGUAUGGAAGAUUGCCGACCCCCAUUCCGCCGUACAAAGACGGACUUUCACCGGUCCAUGAAGUGGAUCAGCAACUCCUAAAUCGAGAUGAACUGUUACGGCAACUAAAGGUCAACUUAGAACGAUCGAUGAACAGAAUGAAACAGAUGGAAAAUAAGAAGAGAAGAGACAUUUCGUUCGAGGUCGGCGAACAUGUACUUUUGAAGUUACACCCAUACCGCCAGCAAACGGUCUUCAAACGGGUCCAUCAGAAACUAGCUAGCCGUUUUUAUGGACCCUACCAGAUUUUAGAAAAGAUCGGACCAGUCGCAUACAAAUUACAGCUCCCCGCAGAGGCACGCGUUCACCCGGUGUUCCACGUGUCACUACUUAAGCGAUACCAGGACAACGGGGGACUUGCUGAGACCCAGCCAACCGAGAUCCCACCUUUCACCGACGACGGAGUGGUUAUCUUAGAGCCUCAAGCUAUUUUAGACUACUGCUGGAUCAAACAAGGAACCCAACUUGUCGAAGAAGGCUUGGUGCGCUGGAAGCAUCUUCCAGUAGAGGAAGCAACGUGGGAACCAACAAACACGCUCCAGGAGAUGUUCCCAAAUCUGGACCUUGAGGACAAGGAUCCACUUGAUGGGGAAGGUAUUGAUAGGCCAAGGCAUUCUGUAAGGAGCUAUAAGCCGAAUCCCAAGUAUUUGGGAUGA